AUGGAAGUGAUCCCUAAUGGUGAAGUUCAGAAGGUUCUUAGAUCCAGUUAUGACUCUCUUGAUGAUGAAUAUCAGAAGACCUUAUUCCUUGAUAUUGCUUGUUUCUUCAAUGGAAUGGAUGAGGAUUAUGUAGUUAGGAUAACAAACGGGCUCGGUAUUGGUGCAAGGUUUAGGAUUGACAUUCUCAUCGAUAGAUGUCUUGUAGAAAUCGAUGAAGAUGGAAGGCUGUGCAUGCAUCCACAUGUAAGAGACAUGAGGAGAGAAAUUGAUCGCCAAGAAUCAUUCAAAUGUCAAAGAAUAUGGCAUCAUAUGGAAGCUUAUACAGCAUUGAAGGAAACUAAUCAAGAUAGUGAAACUGUGCGUGGCCUUGCCCUGGACAUGCAUCUGUUAAAGGGAGACGAUUUUUCCCAAGAGUUUAAUGUGGUUAUGUUGGCAUGGAUUCUCUUCGAUAUCCAAAUCAAAGUACUUCUGUUUGGAGAAGCUUGUGGUUCUUGGUCUAUCCAGAAGCAGUCUAGUUGA